UAUAGUCUCCCACAAUUUAUAUUUGUUUUUAAAAUAUUUAUUAACGCUUGAGAUUUCUUAAAAUACAUAUUCCAGUUAGCUUUUGAAAAAUGUUAGAAAUUAUAGAUACAGAUUUCAAAAUAAAAUCAAUGAAAUCAAGUAUUUUAAACAACACAACACCUUAAAACGGUGUCUAAAAACUUGUUAACCAAAAAUGAAACAAAUUUUUUUGGUUAGAUCUGAAGAACUCCCACAUUAUUCUCCCCUUUGAAUUCUUCUUUUCAUCAGAUUUUUUUUUCACUGUUGAGUGUUAGCUGUUGCCAGUUGGAGUUUUUUAUGUUUUUUUGGGUUCUUUUGCGUCCCCAAUUCGCAGAGUCAACAGAAAUAUAUAUACGGAAACGUGCAAAACUAACCGAUAUCUGAAUAUCGGAGGGCGCGAAUAAAGCAUUUGUUUACCAGCCCUGGAGAAUUCCAGUAUUUCAGUAUCCGUGUGGGUGAUUUCCAGAUAAAGCUAGGAGCGAUCACAGUCACCCAUAAAAGUCAGCGGUCCUAAUGAACUUGCAAAUGUUUAUGGGGCGGUCGGAAUUUCCAUUGAUUUUCAGAUCUUUCGAAUUUAUAAAAAUUUGCUUUGAUUCCAGACUCAAAGAUUAUCGCAGUUCACGUUAAGGCCAACCCACACUUAAAUUAUUAUUGCUAAGUUCUGAAUAAAAUCUGUUGAGAUAAGCUAUGAAUGACAAUUUUUUGUACAAGACUUAGAGAAGUUCCAAAUGGAAGAGAGAUUCUCAAUAGAAGUUCUUUGAUUAUACUGUGAAAAUUGGUUUUAAUAGAUUUAAAUAAAAAGUACUGUUUAAAUUUUAAGAUUAUAAAUCUUAGAGUUAUGAAGAACAGUUUUUUGAGUUCAACGACACAUACAAAUUUAUGAGUUAGUAUUAUAAAAUAAAAAAAAAAAAAGAUUAAAAAUGAUCUUUAUUUUGCAUACAUUGUUAGUAAAUAAGAAAAGUCCAAGCCAAUGUUCUCAGUAUUAUUUAACAAAAGCCUUAAAACUUUCUGAAUCAGAUCUGUUGUUUGAUGGUUUCCCAAGUGGUGGGCUACUUUCUGAGGAGCGGCAACAGAGGAGGCUUUUGAAAAACAACUGGCAACCAAAGCAAAACCAAAUCGAAACGAAUUCAAAAUUGAUUACCUCCUCCGGAUGCGAUGAAUUUCGAAUGAUCGCAGCAACAACAAACGAAGAGGCCCCAAAAAUAAACAACUGCAAAGGCAUUGUAAUAAGUACACUUCAGCAUGCCAUCCAUAAAAUGAGGCGAUACGGAUUAGAGUUCAAUCGCGAUGGACAUAACAAUUAUUAAUACCCCGCAUCCACUGAAAUUAUUUGUUUGCCUUUCACCCACUGAUAGUGGCUAUCAGGAAGCAAAUGAUGCCGCAUGGCCCCCAAAUGGUUGACCCACUUACAAUUUUAAAGGGGGAGCAGAAAGUAUCUGGGAUGCUAUUCCAUUUUCUAUGUUCUAUAUCCAUUCGGCAGAUGUUACCCUAGCCCUUCUCUAACGAAAGAUACUUUAUUUGCUUUAUCUUUUUAGGAUUAUUCAAGAGUUUACCAUAUUUUUAAAUAAAUAAUAUUAGUUUUACUGGUAAAAAAAAGCAUUAAAGUUACGUGGUUUUGGUGUUGUGGCAGGCUAUCUUGAAAAAUAUCUGAAUAACAAGCGAAUAUUUCUUGAAGUUGCGGUUUCUGUUUGAACAGCUGCCAACUAUCACAAACCCUCUACCUUUCUCUAUCUUUUUAUCCCCAUCUCUCUUCGAUAGCAUUUUUGGGGUUUUUUAUGCAUUUUAGAUAAGACAAAAAAAUAUUCGUUGAUAAAAUCACGUUUAUCCAAAGUUUAUGGGUCUGCAAAAUAAUUUAAUAUCCAGUUGCUAUGUAUGUAUUUCAUAGUAUUGCAUUAAUAUUGUUUGCAAAAGUAAACACAAAUUGUGCAAAACUUAAAGCCCAAUUUUUUGUUAUCUUGCAAUUUUAAUUUAACUUACCAUUCUCUUGUUGUGAACAUGAAGACAUAAUUUUUUUCAGUUUCUUAUCUAUGGUAGCUAAAAAUAUUAUACACAAUAAUGUUGCGGAUUUCCAGGAAAUACAUAUUUUUUUAAAAAUAAUAAAGAUUAUUUUGAAUAGCUUUGUUCAAUGCUCUAAUUUCGGAGAAUUUUUCAAACAAAAAAAAAGAAACAUGAUUUGGGAAAAUAACUAAGCUUACUUGGAAAAACCCAUCGGCCACAAAAUUUAGUAUUGGCAAUCAGAAACACAAAAGCAUGUCAGAGGAAAGUUCACAGAGCGGAAGUGACGGUGGGAGCGAAAGUGAGGGGCCGGAAACGGAUGUGGAGCAGGCCAGGAUGAGUGGAUCCUCCACGGAGCAUCUGCGGAGCAACAUGUGGCUGAGCCUGCACCAUUUCGCACCCGGCGCCGAGGAACCGCUGCUUAGAAUCUUUUCGCGCUUCUGCUCGGUGUCCGUGUAUCGCCAGCGGAGGAAGGGCCUGGAGCUGCGGUUCACCUCCGCGGAGCACCUGCAGCGGGGCGUCCUCAUGGCCAAGCGCCUGGUGGCCGGACGGAUGCAGCUCCGCUGGCACUUGGGUCGCCUCGACCAGGAUCCCGACGCAUCUGUUCCUCCUCCGGGGGGCAGGAAUUCGACCGGCGGACUGAGCGUAUUCGGCAAACUGCGAAGGGCGUUCGCCAACUACUUUCAGCAGUAACAUUGCUGUUCCAACGAGUUCUUCCGGUUCUUAUUUUUAAUUUUACCUUAUAUCUUAAAGCAAUGCGAAUACGAUAAUUAUGAACAUUCCAAA